GUUUAAAUGUAAUACUGGAUGGUUAGUUCUCCUUCUAAGAAAGUAAAGAACUACAAGGUCUUUGAAUGAAAUUCAGAGUCAUUGAUAUUCAGCUUUAAGUUCAAAGAGGGUUUUAGGAAUGCAAACAGUGAACCUAGCUCCAUGCCUGGCCCUUGCUGUGUUAAUCCCAGAAACCACGGAGCCAUAAUGUGGCAAAGCGUCCUUUUUGAGAGGUGAAUGUUACUGGUGAAAAUGGCUGACAGAGGAGGGAAGAUUGUCCCAGGACAGGUGUACAUUGAGGUGGAGUAUGACUACGAAUAUGAGGCCAAGGACAGAAAGAUUGUCAUAAAGCAAGGGGAGCGGUACCUCUUGGUGAAGAAGACCAAUGACGACUGGUGGCAGGUCAAGCCAGACGAGAACUCCAAAGCGUUCUACGUGCCCGCCCAGUACGUGAAGGAGGUCGGCCGCAAAGCUCUGAUGCCACCCGUGAAACAGGCAGGGGGGCUGCCAAAUAAUUCUGUGAAAGCCGUGCAGAGCCUCCACCUCCAGAGAGCGGCAGAAAAUGUGAACAAGCCGCCUGAGCUCUCAAGUUUCGGAAAGCCGUCGUCAUCUGUUCAAGGAUCAGGUCUGCUUCGUGAUGCCAAUCAGAAUUUUGGACCCAGUUACAGCCCAGGUCAGACUCUCAGCCUGGACCUGACCCAUAAUAACGGGAAGUUCACCAGUGAUUCACAUUCUCCGAAAGUUUCUGGCCAGAAUAGGACGCGCUUCUUUGGUCACUUUCCCGGUCCCGAGUUCCUGGACGCAGAGAAAGCAAGCUUCUCCCAGGAGCAGUCCUGGGACUCGGCCGGAGAAGGCUCAGAAAGGCUACGCCAGGACUCCGAGUCCGGCGACGAGCUCAGCAGCAGCUCCACGGAGCAGAUCAGGGCGACAACACCCCCAAAUCAAGGACGGCCAGACUCUCCCGUGUACGCUAACCUGCAGGAACUGAAAAUAUCCCAGUCCGCCCUCCCGCCGCUCCCCGGAAGCCCCGCCAUUCAGAUCAAUGGAGAAUGGGAAACUCACAAGGAUAGUUCGGGGCGUUGUUACUACUAUAACAGAGGGACACAGGAAAGAACGUGGAAGCCCCCUCGCUGGACUCGAGAUACAAACACAAGCAAAGGAGAUUCCCAGAGUCCAGGAGAGCAUGAGCUUCUUUCAUCAGAAGAGAACUACCACAGCAGUUGUCACAGCCAGUCAGAUAGUCAGUGUGGUUCUCCUCCAAGGGGUUGGUCAGAAGAGUUGGAUGAACGUGGGCAUACCUUAUAUACCAGUGACUUUACCAAGGAGAAGUGGCUCAAGCAUGUUGACGAUCAAGGUAGACAAUAUUACUACAGUGCAGAUGGAUCUCGGUCAGAAUGGGAAUUGCCAAAGUAUAAUGCUUCAUCUCAGCAGCAAAGAGAAAUAAUUAAAAGUCGGAGUCUGGACAGGCGGCUGCAAGAACCGAUAGUGUUAACAAAGUGGAGACACAGCACCAUUGUGUUGGACACCAACGACAAGGACUCUCCACCUGCCUCAAAACCCUGCUCUCCUGAAAAUGAGCCUUCUCCCUCUUCACCAAAGCACCAAGAUACAGGUCAAGAGAAGUAUGGAUUAUUAAAUGUAACAAAAAUUACUGAAAAUGGGAAAAAGGUUCGAAAGAACUGGCUGUCGUCGUGGGCUGUGUUGCAGGGUUCCUCUUUGCUCUUUACCAAAACUCAAGGAAGUAGCACAAGCUGGUUUGGGAGUAACCAGUCCAAACCAGAGUUCACAGUGGACCUUAAGGGAGCGACGAUUGAGAUGGCUUCAAAGGAUAAAUCCAGCAAGAAGAAUGUAUUUGAGCUGAAAACCCGUCAAGGAACAGAGCUGCUGAUUCAGUCUGAUAACGACAGUGUUAUUAACGACUGGUUUAAAGUUCUUAGCGGUACCAUCAGCAGUCAGACAGUAGAACCCGAUGAAACCCUUGAAGAGGAGACGCCAGAUUCACCGGGAGUGGAAAAGCACGAUAAAGAAAAGGACCACAAGGAUCUGAAAAAAUCCCGUUCCACAAAAGUAUCUAGCAUAGAUUCUUCAGAACAGAAGAAAACCAAGAAAAACUUAAAGAAGUUUCUUACGCGACGCCCCACUUUGCAAGCUGUUCGUGAAAAAGGUUAUAUUAAAGAUCAGGUAUUUGGAGCCAAUCUUGCUAAUCUGUGUCAGAGGGAGAAUGGUACCGUGCCAAAAUUUGUGAAAUUAUGCAUUGAACAUGUUGAAGAAUAUGGUUUAGAUGUUGAUGGGAUUUACAGAGUUAGCGGCAACCUGGCAGUGAUCCAGAAGCUGAGAUUCGCCGUCAACCAUGAUGAGAAGCUGGACUUGAGGGAUAGCAAAUGGGAAGAUAUUCACGUCGUCACUGGAGCACUCAAAAUGUUUUUCCGAGAAUUACCGGAACCUCUCUUUACAUUUAAUCAUUUUAAUGAUUUUGUUAAUGCGAUUAAACAAGAACCAAGACAGCGCGUCUCUGCUGUGAAGGACCUAAUCAGACAGUUGCCAAAGCCAAACCAGGACACAAUGCAGGUUCUGUUCAGACAUCUCAAAAGGGUUAUAGAAAACGGAGAAAAAAACCGAAUGACCUAUCAAAGUAUAGCGAUUGUUUUUGGCCCCACUCUGUUAAAGCCAGAGAAGGAGACUGGUAACAUCGCGGUCCACACCGUCUACCAGAAUCAGAUCGUAGAGCUCAUUCUCCUGGAAGUAGGUUCCAUCUUCGGACGCUGAUUCUUACUGAGGACGACCUGUGGAACAGAAGCCAGAUUGCUUCAGAUUUCAGAUCCUUAUACCUGAUGUGUUUUAUUUUUGGACCAAGCAGUGACUCGUUGAUUUUGCACUUUUUUGAGGGAUCAGAAGGGAAGGGGAGCGUCCGGAUGUGUGUUAGGCCCUCGCAUUUGCUGCCUUGUUGCAAGUUGAGAGAGCCGUGUGUGAUUUUGAAAUAACUUUAUCCCGAAUGUUUGCAUUUCCUACUCUGAAUUUCAGCAAAAGUCAAAACUUGCAAUUCUGACCAGUCAUAUACACUGGAUAAUUUGGUGAGAAUACUACAUUUUUUCCCCCUCAAACUGGAUAAUGUAGAAUUUCUUCUCAUGAUUCGAUAGGUUCAUCGCCCGACAGACCAAGACCUACUGUCUUAUACUGGAAGCGCGCCUGGGCGUUUGAGACGAAAUGGAGCAUAUCUGUCCUGACACCCAUGCGUUUGUCUCGCCAGUUCCCCACGCGCCCUGGGCUCUAAGCGCUGGAAUCUCACAGCUCAGGCCCCCCCCCGCCCCCCCACCGGAGGCUCACUGCCUGCUCCCCUGGGGCACAGCAGCCUUGUGGGGCGUCCUGGGUGCUUGUUCGGGCAGCACACUAAUAGUACUUACAACACUGUGACGUACUGGAGUUUAGCUUAGCACACGCCCGGGCAGGCGCUUGGGGGCUGUCUGGGCUACACUGACUUGCAGCUAACAACCCUAACUGUCCAGUACCAUGCUGCAUUCUCGGUAUGACCCUGUGGAAACCAACGUUGUUCGAUGUAAAUACCGGCUGAAGACUGCUGUCCUCGGCUUAUGUACAUACCUGUGUUGUAUAGUCUCAGAGAACAUUCUAACCCUACGUUUCUAAUCACGGUAUCGGUAAUCUUCUCCGUGAAUAUUAGGUUUCCUCCAGAAAUAGGCCGUUAUUUGAGAAAGUUAACUGUGUGCACUUUUAGAUUUUAAUUACAUUUACAGGCAAAUCACUGUAAUCCAAAUGGUACUGGAAAAAUACUGAGUAGACUUGCUAAAUGGCAAAUGCACUACAAGAGGAGCCUUUUAGAUUAUUUAAUAUGUACAGAAUACCUUAGAAAAAAUUUAUUACAGAAUUCUAACUCUGCAGUAUGAAUAGUGGAAACCCAGAUGUAAAUUAGAUGGAUGUCAGAUGGAAAGAUGACAUUACUAAAUUGGGGAAUUUCUUUUUACAUUACUAAUGUAGAUUGGUUUGUAUAAUAAAACAGGGUUUUGAAAGGUUUUGUUACAGAGAGCAUGGUCUGCUGAAGAUUUUUUAAAAUGUAUUUUUCUAGGUUAACUGCUGUAUAUGCAAUGUCUAAUCUGAAUAAAGAACUAUAAGAGGUUUAGAGAUUUUUCCAUUGGGAAUGUGCAUUUUGGUUUUUAGUUUUGUUUUGUUUUUGCAUUUACUGGCACACAAUUACAAUACCUCAUUUUAAAAAAAUCAGCUGAACCCAUUAUUUCCUGUGGCAAAUAUAUUUUCCUCAUUUCAUAGCAUUUCUGCUCCCUGCCAAGCCAGUACCUCCUCCACCCACCCCCCUCCCCACCCCUUCACUUCUCAUUUCUUCAUCAAUUUGUGAACAUGAAUGAUUUGUAACCAAGACUCUUUUUCUUAGGAUUGCAUUUAUAAUUUGAAGAUUGACUUCCUUGGGAACAAACAUUUUUUGUAUGAAAACCUCUUACCUGAGUUUUGUGGUGAAAGUAUUGUUUGUUGUUGUGAUCUUGUUUAAUUGAUAACAAACCAAGCUACUUGACCGCUAUGGGGAAGCAGAUUGUUUGGGGCAGGGGGAAAAAGCCCCCAAGCGAGAAUGUCUGUGUCUGCCUAAAGGUGCCCUUGACAACGUGACAGUGUGCUUUGGACCUGGCCUCUGCAGCGGUUGUGUGCCAGCAAACGCUAGACUCACAUCAGUGAUGUCCUUUCUCUUGGUAGUUACGGACGUAUCAAAGAUGAAAAUUGUCCUGUGUUUCUUGUUUCAAAAUAUACAUACGUGUAUGUGAAGUCUUAAACGUUUUAUUAGUCCACAGCUGAUCAGCUUGGUGUAAUACUGUGAGUACAGUGAGAUCAGUGUCUUGUGUUUCCAUCCUUUGUGAAUUACACAUUCUCACUUGUUGUUUUGUAAUAACAAAACCAGUCAUAUUUUCCUGUCUUGACAGCUUGGUUUUUAGUAGAAAAUAUAUUAAAGGCUGAAAUAAAUUGUCAGUGGAAUUUUAUUUACUAAAUAGGCCUUCCUUCAGAAUGUCAUAAAAAAAGUCAUAAGAAAUACAAAGAAAAAAAUAUAUUCAAGUAUGUUAUUAUAUUCCAAUGGAAGGAAAAUACUGUUUAAAUUUCACAACAGUAAGAAAUUUUACCUUUUACUGUAGAAGAAGUCAAUUAUGACGUAUCUCUGGGAAAAAAAAAACCCAGUAUUACCUUUUAGUUAGAGGCAAAUCUGUAGUUUUUUUUUUUCUUAUGUGAAAAGCAUGAAUGGAAUAAUUCAGCCAAACUGUGGGCCUUGCAGUUGUGUUAUGUACAUGUACACACACGUGUUUGUGUGAAUGUGUGUGUCACUGCUUACGUACAAAUGAAAACUCAUCAAUAAAACAAUAAUAGCAGAUA